AGAAAAAAAAUUAUCCAGAUUUAUCCAUGCUUGCGCCUUUGAUGUAUUUAUGAACACCUUAGAUUGUGAGCAUGUUCGAAAUAUUCUAUCUUGAACAUGACGGAUAGACGCAUGGAUGUAUGCGCGAGAUCUCAAUGAUGAGGGUGGUGUGUGAAAGAGGAAGAUGUGAGAAUUUGUGCCUCCAGAUUGUUACGCAUAGGCUACUUUUGAUAGGUUGCCAGGAUGCAGCUCAAAUUCUUUUCGUUGAAGGGAUUGACCUCUCAGUCUUUCUUCUGAGUUCAUCACAGGAACACCUGCGAGUCAGGCUAGUGUGAUAUGUCCGCUGGCAAUACAUUGUUUGACAGCAAGAUCAGAUCAGAUACAU